UAUGCCUUUGUUGUGAAGACCGGAUCCGGAAGUGGAGUGGCUGGUUCGCCUGCACCACGUGUGGCUUGACAACGCCGUGAGACAGUAACCGGAGCUCGGCAACACUUUAGCCGGAACUCAGUGUAAACUCCAGCGCGGGCAGCGAGAGCACCUUUGACGGCGUCUGACCACCUGGAGCAACUGCGAUGACAUCUCGCAGGUGGUUCCACCCCAACAUCAGUGGACUCCAAGCAGAGCGCCUCCUGCUGACCCGGGGCGUCCACGGCAGCUUCCUGGCCCGACCCAGCAGGAGCAACCCUGGGGACUUUACCCUUUCUGUCAGACGUCAUGAUGAGGUGACCCACAUCAAGAUCCAGAACUCGGGUGACUACUAUGACUUGUACGGCGGAGAGACAUUUGCCACACUGGCAGAGUUGGUGCAGUACUACACUGAGCAGCAGGACCUGCUGAGGGAGAGGAACGGCCAAGUCAUCACCCUCAAGUACCCUCUCAACUGCAAGGACCCCACCUCUGAGAGGUGGUACCACGGGCACCUGUCGGGCCGAGACGCCGACAAACUGCUGACAGAGAAAGGAAAGGUGGGCAGCUUCCUGGUGAGGGAGAGCCAGAGCAAACCAGGCGACUUUGUCCUCUCCGUGGUGACACAGGAAGACCAGCAGGACUACGUGGAGCGCAGGACCAAGGUCACCCACGUGAUGAUCUGCUGCCAGGAGGGCAAAUACGAUGUGGGUGGCGGUGAAAGGUUCGACACCCUGGCGGAGCUGGUGGAGCACUACAGGAGGAACCCCAUGGUGGAGAAGAGUGGCAUUGUGGUGCACCUCAAACAGCCUUUUAACGCCACCAGGAUCAACGCAGCCAACAUCGACAGCCGAGUGCGAGAACUCAACAAAGUCGCCGACAAUUCCGACAAACCCAAGCAAGGAUUUUGGGAAGAGUUUGAGGUUCUCCAGCAGCAGGAGUGCAAGCUGCUGUAUCCUCGCAAGGAGGGCAUGAAGGCGGAGAACAAGAGCAAGAACCGCUACAAGAACAUCCUGCCUUUCGACAACACACGGGUGAAGAUCAGAGACGCCGACCCGGAAGUGGCCGGUUCUGACUACAUCAACGCCAACUACAUUCUGGGGAGUGGCAAGCGAGAGCAGGACAUGCAUGCAGCGGGUGAGGAGAAAGUCUUCAUCGCCACCCAAGGGUGCCUGCAGAACACGGUGGAUGACUUCUGGAAGAUGGUGCAUCAGGAGAACACGCACGUCAUCGUCAUGACAACCAAGGAGAUGGAGAGAGGUCGGAACAAGUGUGUGCGCUACUGGCCCAAGCUGCACACCACCAUGGAGCUGGGCAGCUUGCAGGUGAGGAACGUGGAGGAGCACACGGCACAGGAUUAUGUGCAGAGGAAGCUGCAGGUGACCCGACUAGACCGGAAGGACUCUAUGAGGCAGGUCUGGCACUACCAGUACCUGAGCUGGCCAGACCACGGCGUCCCCAACGAGCCAGGGGGUGUCCUCUGGUUCCUGGAGGAGGCCAACCGGACCCAGGCCUCCAUUGAGGGAUGUGGACCCAUGGUGGUCCACUGCAGUGCAGGCAUAGGAAGGACGGGCACCAUCAUCGUCAUCGACAUCCUCAUCCACCUCAUCAACCGCCAAGGACUGGACUGCGACAUCGACAUCCCAAAGACCAUCCAGAAGGUGCGGCAGCAGAGGUCCGGUAUGGUGCAGACCGAGGCGCAGUACAAGUUCAUCUACAUGGCGGUGCAGCAGUACAUGGACACCGCCCAGAAGAGGCUGGAGGAGGAGCAGAGGAGUACAGUGAAGGAGAGAGAGUACUCCAACAUCAAAUAUGUUCCCAACUGCACCUCCAGACUCAACAUGGCGUCUUCACGCUCCUCCUCUGUCGUGACAAAUGACGAUUCUUCAGGCGUGUACGAGAACAUCAACUUCAAGAGCUCCCAGACGUCCUUCAGCAGCAACACCAGGAGGUGAAAGAUGCUGCUGCUCUAUUGCUGAGACCUCCACCAUGACGGCUUUAUUCCCACCGGCUUGUGGCAGGAGCGAGGGUGGGGGGUUGGAGCUCCUCCUCGGCCCCACCAGAGUGCACCUUGCCUGGGCUGAGCGUGGCCGUCCCUCUCCCUCUGGCCUGGAGCUGGACGUGAGGACUUGGCCAUCGACGUGCCUUCUUGAACUUUUGGACUUGACCUCCAGCAAGGGUCAGAGGUCACCUGCAGCCAUGAAGACCAGUAAGACAUUCUCACGUCCGUACCCUCCAGAAAAAGGUGUAUUUUUGAACGCAGACACGAACAUGUGAACGCGAGUGUAAAUGUUUCUUAUACUGAUAUUUGCCAGACACUGAUUAAAUGAAUGUUGUGGAC